AUGCAAACCAGCGGCAGGGGUUCUUCCCUCUUAAUUGCAGUACCUUAUGCCAUAAAUAGUCCCAUGGGUUCAGUAAGACUGCUUAGGGAAAGGUUCAUUGCUAAACCAUGUGCCUUAGGCCUUAAAGUCCAAGCCAAUGGACCACAGAAAGCUCAACCUAACGCCAUCCUGGAGAAAGUUUUCACAGCUAUUACAAAGCAUCCAGAUGAGAAGAGGCUGGAGGGCCUCUCCAAGCAGCUGGACUGGGAUGUACGCAGCAUUCAGCGUUGGUUUCGACAAAGACGCAACCAGGAAAAGCCCAGCACUCUUACAAAGUUCUGUGAAAGCAUGUGGAGAUUUACAUUUUACCUUUAUAUAUUUACCUAUGGAGUACGGUUCCUGAAAAAGACACCUUGGCUCUGGAAUACCAGACAGUGCUGGAACGGAUAUCCAUAUCAGCCACUGAUGCCUGACCUUCAUUAUUACUACAUAGUUGAAUUGUCAUUCUACUGGUCCUUAAUGUUUUCUCAAUUCAUUGACAUCAAAAGAAAGGAUUUUGGCAUCAUGUUUACACAUCACAUUGUAACAGUCACCCUGAUAACCUUCUCAUAUGUAACCAAUUUGACACGAGUGGGAACCUUGACCUUAUGUCUCCAUGAUGCGGCUGAUGUUGUUCUAGAGGCUGCCAAAAUGGCAAACUAUUGCAAGUGUCAAAAACUGAGUGACCUUCUGUUCCUUACAUUUGCCAUUGUCUUCAUUGUCAGUAGGCUUGGCAUAUAUCCCUUAUGGUGA